GGGAGCAUUUUUGAAGUCCCAUGCACACGCUUGAGACGCUUCUGUACUCGAUGCACAUUUGACCAUAAAUAUUGUUUGGAAAUGCAACAGUAUUCUGUAUAGACCUUGUCUCACAUCUACCCAUUUACCUGAACUGUACUGGGUGGGGAUUUAUAACUAGACUACAAUUUUUUCCUUUGCUGGAAUUUAGGGUUUUAGCUGAAAAUGGCCAGCGGGAUGAUAAGAAAACUUGCUUCAAGAGCGUUAACACAAAGCAACAAUAUCAGUUCAUGGAAGCAAACUCAACCAUGGGAAAGAAUCAAUACAAAUGUAAAUUCUCUAUGGAAAUUUCAGGCCCGGCGCUCACUAAACAGCCCCGCGGCUGCAGCAGUUUUACAAGAAACUCAAACUAUAGAGGAAACUCAACUAAAAACGCUAGAAAAAACUCAAACCCUAGAAGAAACUCAAGCUCAAAUCUUAGAAAAAGUUCAAACCCUAGAUGAACGCUUUCUUCGCUACAAUUCACCUGAACCCAGAGUUGUCGACCACACAGAAGUCCUCUCAUUUCCUGCAACGCGCAUAACGACGCUGCCGAACGGGCUGCGAGUCGCCACAGAGUCGAACCUGAACGCCAGCACGGCUACUGUUGGUGUCUGGAUCGACGCUGGCAGCCGCUACGAAACUGCCGAGACCAACGGCACCGCACACUUUCUUGAACACAUGAUCUUCAAAGGUACUGCAAAGAGACCUGUUUUGGCUCUUGAACAAGAAAUUGAAGACAUGGGCGGCCAUCUGAAUGCCUACACUUCGAGGGAGCAGACUACUUAUUAUGCCAAGGUUAUGAAGGAGGAUGUUAACACUGCGCUGGAUAUCUUAGCCGACAUUUUGCAGAACUCGUGCUUCCAUGAGAAGGCUAUUCGCCGCGAGCGUAAAGUUAUUCUUAGAGAAAUGGAAGAGGUAGAGAGUCAAAAAGAGGAGGUGAUUUUUGAUCUUUUGCAUUCGGCAGCAUUCUUUCAAUCUCCACUAGGGAGAACUAUUUUGGGACCUGCAGAAAACAUUAGGACUAUAUCCAGAAAAGACUUGCACCAGUAUAUCUCUACCCAUUACUCUGGUCCUAGAAUGGUUGUAUCUGCAGCUGGUGCUGUUAAACAUGAAGAAAUUGUAGAUCAAGUAAAAAGAUUGUUUACAAACCUCUCUACUGAUCCUACAACUGUCCGACAGUUAGUGGAGAGAGAACCCUCAGUCUUCACUGGAUAUGAGAAUCGCAUUGUAGAUGAUGAUCUGCCUUUGGCACAUGUUGCAGUAGCUUUUAAGGGAGCUUCAUCGACCAAUCCAGAUUCACUUGCAUUGAUGGUGAUCCAAGCUUUACUGGGGGGCUGGAGAAAGAGUGCUGGUGCCGGUGCAAACAUAGGGUCAGAACUUGCACGAAAGGUUGCUGAAAAUGACCUAGCGGAUAGUAUAACAGCAUUCAACACAAAUUUUAUAGAUACAGGUCUUUUUGGUGUCUAUGCUGUAGCAAAGCCAGAUUGCUUGGAGGAUUUAUCUUACACAAUAAUGAAUGAGAUGAAUAGGUUGACACAAGAAGUUUCUGAUGUUGAUGUGAUUCGAGCUCAGAAUCAGUUGAAAUCAUGUAUGGUACUUCACAUGGAUGGCACUAGUUCUGCUGCUGAAGAUAUUGGCCGUCAGCUGCUUACAUAUGGCCGAAGAAUCCCCCUUGCAGAGCUUUUUGCUCGAAUAGAUGCUAUUGAUGUUGAUACUGUCAAGAGAGUAGCAAAUCAGUUCAUGUCUGAUAGGGAUGUUGCCAUUUCAGGGAUUGGUCCCAUUCAACGGCUUCCUGAUCUUUCUUGGUUCCGUAGUCGCACAUCACUUGGCUACCAGAAUUAAACCUUUCUUUAACAUGGAAAAUAUUUGCUAUUCUAUUUAUAAAAUUCAUCGGUCCAGAUUUUUCCAUUCUGGGCAAACAGCAUUGAAGAAGUCCACAGAAAUCCCAGAUCUGUUUUUUCCUAUGUUUCACCAAAUUUCUGGGACAGGGACAACAGAGGGCAGGGGGAUGGCUUUUCCAGGAGGCCAUUUUUCAGGAAACAGCAAUUAAGAAAAUAAGGGAUUUUUAAAAAUAUAGUAAAUUUCAAAUAUUCAUAGGAUAAGACAUUCAUCAUAUACGUUGUAGAACCUUAAACAUUUAAACCUCUAACAUAUUUCAUUGCUUUCAUCA